AUGAAACUUGUUCAAGCCUGCGCUCAUGAUCCCGAGAAAAGGGAUUUAAUCGUAAAAGAGUUUCUCGAGCUGAAAAAGAGGCUCCAAAACAGAGAUAUAGAGAGACGGACUGGUGAACGAGAGUUACAAACAGAUCUCAGUAAAAUAUUCAAAUCCAUAACGGACGUACAAAAAAGUACGGCAGAAGACAUAAGGUCUGAUACUAGCCCCAUCAAAGAAAACCUAUCGGAAUUGAAGAAAAUCACAUUUCCAGCGUUUCCAUCUAUAGAGGGGUUUCAACAACAAGAAAAGGAAGAUACUGAUACGCAGUUUAUCGGACCAAUCGCGCAAGAAUAUUUAAGGAAGUUCGCCUCCAAAUCCGAGGCUGAUAGAACGUACGGGCUAUACGAUAAAAACGGCAAUUUUUAUAUAGGCAAUAAGCCCGUCGCCUUUGUAGAUGAUAACAUAGUAGUGGAUGGUGAAGAGUACCAAGGAACACCGGGAUUGUGGGAACUCAUCGUAACCAAGAAUCCAGACGAUCAAAUAUACACCGACCAGGACUACGAAAAUUACGCGAAGAUGAUGAUUGAAUCGACCGCUCUCAAAAAAGGCAACGAUCCAGAGAGUAACAGACCAGAGGCCAGCAAGGGGUUGAAAUGGAAGAAUGUGCUUAGAACCAUUUGGACUAAUAGGGAUUAUUACGAAGGGACCGGCACAUCUGUUGUCAUUCCUAGCGAUCCUAAUGAAUUGCUCGAAAGACUAGACCUGCUGAUGGCAAGCAAGGCAGCGGCAAAGAAUCAUGGAUUUAGAAGACAGUAUGUCUAUGGCGGUGCUGGAAUGUUUGAUAGCAUCGCAAGUUUUUUCACUAGAUUAUUUACUAGCAAUGCUGCGAAACAGAUUGCCUCUACCGCUCUAGAUGCUGGUAAAAGCGUUGCUAAGGAAGUUGGGAAGAAAGCUAUGGAUGCUGGAAAGACUGCAGCUCUUGAUGCUGGAAAGAAUUUCCUUGAGAAAGGAGUGCGCGGUCUCGCACGUAAAGCUCUUACACCCAAAUCUCGAGCAAUUCUACAACGGCGAAGCAGUCAUCCCCAGUUGAUCAGAAUAUCCAUUCACUAA